AUGGACCCAGUCGUGGCCAUUGUGGGCCUCAUCGAUGGUUCUUCGAGGAUAAUUAACACGCUUUUCACUCUGCGAGAUAAGUUUCGAGACGCAGACCUUCUUUUAAGGGGCUUAGCUGUUCAACUUACAACUCUUCGUGCCGCGCUUGGAGAAAUUAAUAAGUGGAUGAAAUAUAAUGCUGAGCAGAGAUGUCAGCUUGCACUUGAGCUGGGAGAGUCAUUAGCAUUUUGCCGGCUCCUGGUGGACAAACUAAAUAAAGAUCUCAUGGAGUUGAGCAAUGGAUCACCAUUGCAGCCAGACACCCUUGCCCGACUGAGAACUUGUUUUAGUACCGGCUCUAUCGGCGAUAUCCAAGUUCUAUUAGACCGUCAAACAAAUGCGAUCAACCUACUUUUAGCAACAUAUAACUGCCGCUCAUUGACCCCUCGAAAGGCACGCUCGGAUGAUACCGGGAGACGGGACCAACUUACAGCGACGCUCGAUAACACUUCGUCUCUUUAUGCCAACCGAGACAGAAGUUCCGUGAUAUCGUAUUGCACUGAGACUUUUUCAAGGAUUUCCAAAGAAUUUACUUUUGAUCGAUCCUUGAUGUGUACAAAAGUGUACUCAAACUCCUCCCCGAAGUUGAUAGACCUUCUGCGACGACGUAUCAGAGAGGAGAGUGCUACCGCGGGCCCGAACGUCGAGAAGAGACGACCGAGUCUGAAGUCAGAUCCAUUUGAUUCGUCUAAAGCAAUGGACUUGCUCGUAGUUAAUGGUAAUGGUCGGGACUCGCUAGAGCUGAUGCAAACUCUGGGUAGGUCAAAGAAUCUGAUCACACCUAAGGAGGAGCAAAUGGAGACAGCAGUCGCUGUGAGUGGAGAUGUACUAUCUACCAUAAAAGAUACAGUUAAUCGUUGUCUUCAUAUCCGCUCUAAAAAGCUCGACUUCCGGUUUACAGACGUGCAGACACGCUGGGCAUCUGGCGACAAACAAUGGUUACACAACUACGUGUCCAAUGCGUUCGGCGUUGUCUACAUCAUGGAAGCACCAUGCUGCCCCCACGAUCUGCAGCUCCGCGAGCUAUAUAACGAGGCUAUUGAGCGAGCUACAUCGCCGAUGAAUGUAUCAGGACUAAAGGGCCGCCCCGUUUUCAUUUGUCUUGUUGGCGACUUUGGCGAGUUUGAUGAGAAGCAAAAUGUUUUCUGCAAACUUCUACGGAAAUACGUUGAGGAGUCUUCCUUGCGACACAAACUGUACAUUCAGUACAUACGGCGGCCAUUUGGGAGUGAAGUUGAGCAGUAUGUAGUGGGCAAAUGUAUCGACCACAUCAUCCAGCGCGAGAUUCGGUCACGGCUGUUGUGA